AAUUUCGUUAGAUUCGUUUACUGUCAAAUUGGCCAAAUGGCUAUACCAUUUGCUAGCUCAUAGAAAUUUAUUAUGACUUUAUUGACUGUGAUAUCCAAUUGUUUUUGACAAUGGAUCAUUGACAUGAUCAAUGACGAUUCAUCUCCUGUUUGAUGCACUAUAGAAAAUGAAAAUAUCAAGCAAUACAAAAUAGGCAUUUCUUAUUUGUGAGAUGAAAGUGAACAUUUUUGUGUAUUUUAAUCCGACGAUGAGACUUCUCCAAAUUAAAUGUUUUUGAAGAAGAGCUAUGGCAGAGAUUCUCACUAAAUUCAGUAAACCUCGAAGUGACUAUUCAGUUUCCCUUUUGGUUAUGGGACCGGCAGAAUUAUGUCAUAAGGUUUCUGAAGCAUUACAUGAAAGUGCUAAAGAGAGAAAAUGGAGGGUUAUAGUGCACAAGUGCGAAUCUGUUAGUGAUAUUACCAAGAUUCGGUUUAACUUGAGCAUAGAUUAUAUUAUUUUUGUCUUUGAUUGGAGAGUACAGUCCUUAUCUGAAGUAGAGACAAACAUAUGUUUCAUAGAUAAACAUUAUAUCAAUUGUGGUGCUGUGUGUAUGGUAAAUUGCCAAGGAAUCACAAAAAGUAUAGGAAUGGCCUCCCAUAAAUCAACAAAAUUAAGAGACAAAUAUAAUAUUCGAUUCCUUUGUACUGACAUUUCUAAGCCACAAAGUUGUAUUCAAUUAGGUAAUAGAAUAUUGAACUUAGUAGGAGCUGUAUUAGGUAUAACAAGUGGAAUUCCUAUUAUUGGGUUUCCACUAUAAUGUUUUUAAGACAUUUAAAGUGGUACACUACAUAUUAAAU